AUGUGCUGUUUCAUAAGCCUGAUUCUUUAUGUCAGGAGCGGCAAGACUUCAAUUCAGCAAGUCCUGUUCGAAAAUUUACCGCCGAAACAGACUUUUUAUCUUGAAACGACUACGAGAAUAGUCAAGCAUACAUACGAUACAGUCAUUCCUCUCGAAAUCUGGGACUGCCCAGGGACUAUAACCGUCGAAACGCUCGGGGCGCCGUUGUCGCAAUUCUUGACCAUUAUCUUCGUGAUUGACAUUCGAGAUCUCUACAACCAACCCAUCUCGAAACUUGUAGAGUUCAUUGUUGCGGCGUACCAUGAGAAUCCGAAUGUCAAUAUUGAGGUGUUUGUUCACAAAGCCGAGAAGCUUCAAGAGGACGACAAGAUUGAGAACUUCAGACAGAUUAAUGAGCGCGUAACCGACCGACUGUUGGACAUUUCUCCAGAUUAUGAACAGAUGCCUCUCAAUUUUCACCUCACCUCUGUAUACGACCAUACAUUACAUGAAGCCUUUUCCCGAGUUCUCCAUAAGUUGAUCGACUCUUUACCGUUCCUCGAGGACCUUCUCAACGUAUUCUGUGCUAAUUCCCAAUCCCCAAAGGCUUUCCUAUUUGACAUAGCUUCACGAUUAUAUAUCGCUACCGACGCGUCACCCGUCGACUCAGCUACUCACAAUCUGUGCUGUGACUACUUACAAAUGCUGAACUCCUUUGGACCUCUUUAUAAAUCGGCAUCAGCCAGCUCUUCCCGGCAUCGGAAACUAUUACCACCUGUGCUUUCCGUGCCGUCUCUGUCUGAUCAUGAUCAAGAAUCCCCAGGUCGUACGACACCGAGUGCAGGAGCGUCAAAUUCCAAACAGCGCGCCAAGGAUCUUUUUUAUCCAAGUGCCGCGGCGUUGCUGCAUCCUUCAACUCCGGGGACAACACUGACUUACCACUUGAUCAUGGAACACCUUGCACUGCUUGCUAUCAUGCCGACACCCGUGUUUGAAAGUAGACGGGGACUUGUUGAAUAUAAUGUAGUCUUCUUUCGCGAGGGAGUGCAAGAAAUUUACCAAGUCGAGCAGGAAGCUCGGAGUGGCGGGUAA